AUGGCACGUACAAAACAAACUGCUCGUAAAUCAACUGGAGGAAAAGCUCCACGAAAACAACUUGCAACAAAAGCUGCUCGAAAAUCAGCUCCAUCUACUGGUGGUAUUAAAAAACCACAUCGUUUUCGUCCUGGUACAGUCGCUUUACGUGAAAUACGUCGUUAUCAAAAAUCAACAGAAUUAUUAAUAAGAAAAUUACCAUUUCAACGUUUAGUUCGUGAAAUAGCACAAGAUUUUAAAACGGAUUUACGUUUUCAAUCAGCAGCAAUUGGUGCACUACAAGAAGCAUCAGAAGCCUAUUUGGUUUCAUUAUUCGAGGAUACGAAUUUAUGUGCUAUACAUGCUAAACGUGUCACAAUUAUGCCAAAAGAUAUUCAAUUGGCAAGAAGAAUUCGUGGAGAGCGAGCUUAA